GCUUCUAUAUGGUAAGUGGACAGUGAGUCUCUUUAUCGAAUCUCUUCUAACAGUUUGUUGUGUUUCUUCUGCAGCCGGUGUGGGACUACGCGACUCGCUCAGUACAAAGUUUCUCAGUAGGUAACUGAGCCUGGACUGUGCAUCCAGAUGAAAUGAAUAAAGUACCAGGACCCCCGUCCUCCUCCUCCCCCCUCCCCGCACCCUCCCCGAACCUGCCACAGCCGAACUUCGCACCCACUCCGCCCCCGCCUAUGGUCUUCGCCACGCCCCCUCCGCCUCCGAUGAACCCCGCGGCCCCUCCGCGACAGUCGUACUAUACCGGGCGACCCGCUCUACCCGCCAACCCGGGCCGCGUCCAGACCGGCUCCGCCCCCCGUCCCAUCCCCCCUCCUCACGGGACGCACCCCCCUCACGUCUUCCAGGCCGGCUCCCAGAUGAUGAUGAUCCCUCAGCAGCCAAUCAGCUUCUCCAACACGCAGGGUCCCGCCUACUACAUACACGGACAGUACCGCCCCUCGUACGUGCCCACUCAGCAGUACCAGGUCGCCAGUUCUACCAGCUUCUAUCCUGGAACCAGUCCAGCCGAAUAUGCUGGAGCGUACUACCCCGCCCAGCCCCAGUUCACGCCUCCCGUGGCCGCCGCGCCCGUCAUGAUGAACCCCGCCCCCCAGCAGCAGCAGCAGCAGCAGCAAGCCCCGCCCCCUCCGCAGCACGUGCCGCCGGCCAAACGGGAACGCAAACAGAUAAGGAUACGAGACCCUAAUCAAGGGGGCAGAGACAUCACCGAGGAGAUCAUGUCCGGAGGCCGCAGUGCCUCCACACCUACACCGCCUCAGUCUGUAUCGUCCGCUCCGGAGGGCGGAGCCGUCGCACAGGCGAAUGGUGAGAACGCGCCGCCUGUCGUAACGGCGGCCAGAGACGACCGCGUGAAGCCGGUGGUGUCGCUGGAGUUCCCGAUUCCCCCGGGCGAAAGCCCUGUGCCGGAUGCUCCGCCCACUCCUCCUCCCACCAGCCCGAUCAGUGAUGUAGUCGAUGCUCCUCCCCCUGACGUGGCGAAGGUCGUUUCCGCCGCGCUGCCGACAAAACAGGAAGUGAAAUCGUCCGUGGCGGUCACCUCGAGUUCCAAUGGUUCGACCUUGGGACCUGAAGCGUUGUCUCUUCUGGUCCCCGCCUCGGAGCCGACCGUGGAGUCGCCCAUCGCGCAGCCGGGGGAGCUGCAGCUGGUAAACGGUUUGACGGCCGGCGCCAGGAGGGACGUGAGUCCGCUCGCCGAGCCUGACGUCACCAAGGAGGCUCCGCCCGUCAGCGACGUUAAUUUCAGCUCUGCGCGGACUCUCAAAGCCAUGCCCCCUGUUGUCAAGGAAUCCCCUGCACAGGUUGCCAAGGAAACACAGCUACCGGUCGUCAAGGAGAUCUCUGUCCCAAGUGUCAAAACUACACAACCUCCGGUUGCCAAGCAGGCGUCUGCGCCCGCUGUUACGGAAACGACUCAUGUUGCCAUGAAUACUUCUAAGUCGGUCGCCAAGGAGACACCUGCACCCGCACCGGUUGCUUCGAAUAUCCAGAAACCAGUUGCUAAGGAGAUCACUACAGCCAUGGCCAAGGAAGCGCCUGCACCCGUUGCCAAGGAGACCCCAGUACCAGUUACUAAGGAGAGUUCUGCGCCAGCUGUCAAGGCAACCCCUACAGCAGUUGCCAAGGAGACCCCUGCAGCAGUUGCCAAGGAGACCCUUGCAGCAGUUGCCAAGGAGACCCCUGCAGCAGUUGCCAAGGAGACCCCCGCAGCAGUUGCCAAGGAGACCCCCGCAGCAGUUGCCAAGGAGACCCCAGUACCAGUUACAAAGGAGAGUUCUGCGCCAACUGUCAAGGCAACCCCUACAGCAGUUGCCAAGGAGACCCCCGCAGCAGUUGCCAAGGAGACCCUCGCAGCAGUUGCCAAGGAGACCCCCGCAGCAGUUGCCAAGGAGACCCCCGCAGCAGUUGCCAAGGAGACCCCCGCAGCAGUGGCCAAGGAGACCCCCGCAGCAGUGGCCAAGGAGACCCCCGCAGCAGUGGCCAAGGAGACCCCCGCAGCAGUGGCCAAGGAGACCCCCGCAGCAGUGGCCAAGGAGACCCCCGCAGCUGUUGCCAAGGAGACCCCCGCAGCUGUUGCCAAGGAGACCCCUGCUCCUGCUGUAAAGGAAACUCGUCCAGCUCCCCCACAGACCAGCGAGCCCGCUGUUAAAAGAACCGUCGCCAAGGAGCCUGUUGCUCAAGAGACCCCACAGCCGAUCGUCAAGGAAACCCCCGCCCCCUCGGAGCCUGUCGGAUCUAAAGCCAUGCCCCCUCCUGCUGAGGAGCGGGAGGACACGCCCCCUCCCCAGCCAGCAGCCCCGGAGAGCUCCAUGCAAGCUGUUUCGGUGCAAAAGAAGAAGAGGAAGCUGAAGGACCUGAACAAGAAGGAGACCGGCGACAUCUUGGACGCCUUUAAAGAGCCGGCGCCCCCACGACCGGAAGCCACGCCCCCCGCGAAGCCGGAGCGGGUCCAGCCCGCCCAGGUGGCGCCGCCCCCUGUGGAGGAGGUCGAGGAGACUUGGGAGGAGAAGGAGGACAAACUGGACGCCGAGAACAUCCAGCCGGCCACGCCCACCGAGCAGAAGUAUCAGUACAAACAGGAACAGUGGAAGCCUCUGGAUCCGGAGGAGAAGAAGAAAUACGACCGGGAGUUUCUCCUGGGCUUCCAGUUCAUCAGUGCCAGCAUGAGCAAGCCCGAGGGGCUUCCGCACAUCAGCGACGUGGUGCUGGAUAAGGUGAAUAAGACUCCUCUGAGGCCGUUGGACAUGAGCAAGAUGAACUGCGGUCCAGAUUUCACGCCCUCGUUCGCCAAUCUCGGAAGGCCGUCAGGGGGCGGGCGUGGCCCGGCGCCGCUCUUGCCAGGUCCCAGGCGCUCGGGUCAGUCCGGCGGGCGCAAGGAGCCGCGCAAGAUCGUCCUGUCGGGCGUGUCCCUGGGCGACGACAUACAGCUGAACAAGUCGGAGAACGCGUGGAAGCGAGGCGCCGCGCCCGACGCCGAGGCCGACGAUCCCGAGGCGCUGAGGACCAAGGACCUGUUCAAGCGCGUGCGGGGCGUCCUGAAUAAACUCACCCCCCAGAUGUUCCAGCAGCUGAUGAAGCAGAUCACCGAGCUCACCAUCGACACGGAGGAGAGGCUGAAGGGCGUGAUCGACCUGGUGUUCGAAAAAGCCAUCUCCGAGCCCAACUUCUCCGUCGCCUACGCCAACAUGUGCCGCUGCCUCAUGGGGUUGAAAGUGCCUACGUCGGAUAAACCCGGAGUGUCGGUGAAUUUCCGAAAGCUGCUGCUGAACCACUGCCAGAAAGAGUUCGAGAAGGACAAAGACGACGACGUGGCGUUCGAGAAGAAGCAGAAAGAGCUGGACGCCGCGCCGGGGGAGGAGGAGCGCCAGCGGCUGAGGGAGGAGCUGGAGGUAGCGAAGGACGCGGCGCGGCGGCGCUCGCUCGGCAACAUCAAGUUCAUCGGCGAGCUGUUCAAGCUGAAGAUGCUGACCGAGACCAUCAUGCACGACUGUGUGGUCAAGCUUCUGAAGAACCACGACGAGGAGAGUCUGGAGUGCCUGUGUAGGCUGCUGUCCACCAUCGGCAAGGAUCUGGACUUCGAGAGGGCCAGGCCCAGAAUGAAUCAGUAUUUCAACCAGAUGGAGAAGAUCAUCAAGGAGAGGAAGACCUCCUCCAGGAUUCGCUUCAUGCUGCAGGACGUGUUCGACCUGCGACAGAAUAACUGGGUCCCCAGACGAGGAGACCAGGGGCCCAAGACCAUCGAGCAGAUCCACAAGGAUGCCGAGCUGGAGGAGCAGCGCGAACAGACCAAGGUCCAGCAGCAGCUCCUGUCCAAGAAAGAUUCUCGAGGCGGGGUAGGAGGUGGCGGAGGCGGAGGCGUGACGCUCGGACCCCGGGGUGGAGGUCCCGGCCCACACCGCGGAGCUCCGCCGGACGAUGGCUGGAACACGGUACCCAUUUCCACCAAGAACCGUCCCAUCGAUCCCAGCCGCCUCAGCAAGAUCACGAAGCCUGGAGCGAUGGACUUCAACAACCAGCUUCUAGCACCCGGGGGUAAAGGAUCAUGGGGUAGCUGGGGCAAAGGGAGCAGUGGCGGUUCUGGUGCUAAACCCAGUGAGAGCGCUCAAGAUCCUGGUCGUCCGAGCACACUGAAUCGAUUCUCAGCCCUCCAGCAGUCUUCGUCAUCAUCAUCCUCCUCCUCCUCCUCCAACAUCGACAGUGACCGGAGAGUCCCUCAGAGGAACAGCUCGAGUAGAGACCGCGCCGACCGAGGCGACCGUCUCGAGGGCGGUCCGGACCGGAACCGACCCGCCAUCACCAAGCGCAGCUUCAGCAGAGACAAGGACGGGUGGGAGCAGCGGCCGGCCGAGGCGGUGCGGCGGGUCGCCAGCAUGAGCGACGAGCGUCCGAGAGAGCGGGAACGACACCGAGAGCACAGCAAAGACGACGUGAGGCGAGAACCCGCGUCUGCACUCCCGCCCGCGCCGUCCAAACCUGCUCUCGGCCUCGAGGAGCUGGAGAAGAAAUCCACCGCCAUCAUUGAGGAGUAUUUACACAUCAAUGACAUGAAGGAGGCGCUGCAGUGCGUGGCGGAGCUGAACUGCCCAUCGAUACUGAACGUGUUCGUGAGGACGGGUAUCGAGUCCACGCUGGAGCGCAGCACCAUCACCAGGGAGCACAUGGGAUUGUUAUUGCAUCACCUGGUUAAAGCAGGAACGCUCUCCUCACAGCAGUACUACAAAGGGCUGAUGGAGGUCCUGGAGGUGGCCGAGGACAUGGCCAUCGACGUGCCCCACAUCUGGGUCUACCUGGCCGAGCUGAUCGUGCCCAUGCUGCACGAGGGUGGCAUCCCCAUGGGCGCGCUCUUCAGGGAGGUGGCUAAGCCGCUGGUACCCAUCGACAAAGCCGGAGAUCUGCUGGCUCACAUCCUCGACCUGCUCUGUAAAGGAAUGAGCCAUAAGAAGGUAGGAGGCAUGUGGAGGGAGGCGGGGCUUAGCUGGAAGGACUUCCUGCCGCAAGACGAAGACGUCAACAAGUUUGUAACCGAGAAGGGCGUGGCGUUCACUCUGGGCGAGGAGGGCAUGAAGGCUGGCAGCAGCAGUAGGAAAACUCUAGGUCCAGAGGAGAUCUCCGAACAGCUGGACUAUCUGCUGCAGGACAAAGCUGAUGAUCAGCAAAUCUACAACUGGGUGGAGGCGAACCUGGACGAGCAGGAGACGUCGUCGAACGCUUUUGUUCGAGCUCUGAUGACCUCGGUGUGUCAGGCUGCCAUCAUCUGCGAGAACCCAUACAAAGUCGACCCUAAGGAGAUUACCCAGAGGGCCAAGCUGCUGCAUCGCUACAUUAAGGACGAGGAGAAGGAGCUGCAGGCUCUCUAUGCACUACAGAGCCUCAUGGUGAAGAUGGAGCAACCACCUAACUUGUUGCGGAUGUAUUUCGACGUGCUCUACGACGAGGACAUCAUCAAGGAGGAAGGAUUCUACAAGUGGGAGUCCAGCAAAGACCCGGCCGAGCAGCAGGGCAAGGGCGUGGCCCUCAAAUCCGUCACCGCCUUUUUCACCUGGUUACGAGAAGCCGAGGACGAAUCGGAUAACGGUUAGAGCGCCGCCGACACUACUCACAGACGUUUUACAGUCGAGGAGAGAAUCGGAGUUCAGGAGGACGAGAGAAGUUCGAUUCGGUUUCAGUUUCAUUUUUCACUCGUGCGAGUUUGUUUUGUUUUUUGGAUGAAAAUUCUGGAUGACUUUGUACCGAGAGGAUCAAGAAGCCGGGAGGAGGAGGAGGAGACUUUGUUCCGUUAUUACUUCUGUGCGCUGUGACGUCACAAAUACAGCCGCGACGCUCGGCUUAUGAUGUCACAGUAAUGCGAGUGCGAUCAUAGAAAGCUGCUCAGAGCUCUAUAUUUUUGAGAAUCCUUCGAAUUUUACGUUCACAGCCUGUUUAUUAAUGGACGAAUGAAUGAAAUUCUGUGUGUGUGUGUGUGUGUGUGUGUGUGUGUGUGUGUGUGUGUGUGUGUGUGUGUGUGUGUGUGUGUUUUUUCUUGCUUUAUGAUUUUCUUCAUUAAUUAACCGUCAAUAAAAUGUAAUAAAUCCAGAGCUGUAUUCAGGGCGGUUCAGAACGGGGGGGUUGGGGGGGUUGCGAAUUGCUUCCGGCUGGCUCUACUUACUAAACAGGAGGCGGAUCGUGGACUUUUGACCUCCUUGCUGCUGCUGAGGGGGCGCCGAGUGCCACCCUGGACUUUGUUUUGUUUGUUUUUUUUAACCUUCGUCCACUUGCAAAAGAAAGAAGACUUCAAAAACAUAAAAAAUCAGACGGAGUGGACGGGGGGGGAGGGUUCCUGAACCCGCUGGCUUGCACGUUUCGUAAAAUGCAAUCGUUAUUAGGCCUGACGCAAAAAAAUAAAUGAUAGAUCGACUUUAAAAAGUUUAAAGUAUUUUUAAAAAUGGUAAAAGGCCUUUUCUGCUCCUGUAACGCAUUUCAGAAGAGACCUGUAAAUAUUUAGGUUUUUUUUGAGGGUUUAUUUCUUUGUUUUAUUUUUUUUUUUCAAUAAUAAAAUGCUAACUUUAAUGACA